CCUGCGCAGCAGCCACCUUCGGCCCCCACUCCGUUGCCAUGGCGGCCAGCUUGAGUGGGAUGUUUGGGAACCAGGGGCCUGGGCCGCCGCCGCCCCCUCCGCCGCCGCCACCCCCUCCGCCGCCCGUCGUCACCGGGGGCCCGGGCCCGGGCCCGGCGGGGCUCCUUCCUCCGAACCCGGCAGGUCUGCGAAAUCCCAACAGCACCCUCGUGGACGAGCUGGAGGCUUCUUUCGAGGCUUGCUUUGCUUCCCUUGUGAGUCAGGAUUAUGUCAAUGGUACAGACCAGGAAGAAAUUAGAACAGGUGUUGACCAGUGUAUCCAGAAAUUUCUAGAUGUUGCACGACAGACAGAAUGCUUUUUUCUACAAAAAAGGUUACAGCUAUCUGUCCAGAAACCAGAGCAAGUAAUUAAAGAGGAUGUUGCAGAACUGAGAAGUGAACUGCAGAGGAAAGAAGCACUAAUUCAGAAGCACUUGGGUAAACUACGACACUGGCAACAGGUUCUGGAAGACAUUAAUGUACAACACAAAAAACCUGCAGAAAUGCCUCAAGGACCUUUAGCCUAUCUAGAGCAGGCUUCAGCUAAUAUCCCUGCACCCCUUAAGCAAACGUGAUCAAGAGACAUUAUUCAAAUGCUAGAAUAACCUUUGUUAGACCAAACAGUGUGAAACUUUUCAAUUUGUACAGUCUACAUGGGUGACUUCAUAUGUUUUUUUUUUAAAUGAUGACAAAAAGCAUAAAAUAAAUGAAUAACAUGCAAGUUGUCCUCAUAGGGAUCAGAGCAGGGAUUUAGUUUUUUGUAUUUUUAUUAAUCAUCUAGGCCAACAGAAAUUACAUGUACUGCAGACUGCAAAUAAACUUUUAUUUUGAGGUGUUAAAAUACUUUCUGCUAAAAGUGUAGCAGCUAUCUGUAUCUCUGUUACAUGGGCUUCCCUGGCACAGUACUGAAGAAGGAGGAUUAAAAAAACCCACCCUUACAGGUACCAUGUGCCCAAGGGAUCAUGAUUGACCUAUGGAAUAGAAUAUUGACUGAGAUUUCAAAGGGCUACUUCAAGCCCUUUGAAAUGCUCGGUCAGGUUCUUGACCUUUGAAUAGUAGCACUUUAUGCUUCUUGGUAAAUUACUUUUGAAACUGAGUUUGUGUUUUGUAAAACAGUUUGUGAUCAGACAAGGAAGGAGAGGGAGUGUCUGCUGUGCAAAGAAAGCAGAGCCCUUGAAUGUGCCUAUAAAGCUGCCCUUUGGAUUUCUGCCAAUGUCAUGUUCCACAGUUGGUCCCAAAGAUUUCCUUACCGCUGCUUUUUAUGGGCUAAGACAUUCAACAAAGAGUUCUAUAGAACACGCUCCUAUUUUUAUUUUCCUUCUGCCUAAGGGGGAAGACUGGAGUAGCCACUAUUUUUUUUAACAACUUCAAUCUCUUUCUUUCAGAUCACAAUGCCUGACAUCUCAGUUCCUACAUAUUUUUCUAUUAUGUCUGAAGUCAUGUUUCCUUUUGCCCCUGGAAGCAUGUUGCUCUUAAUUAUCUCUUCAAAAUAGCUUCAGCUUUGCUGUUCAAAAUUCUUGUUAUAUAAUGGAAGAACUGAAAAUACCCAUGAGAAAUAUGUAGCUAACCUGAAUUGCUUUAAUUUCUAAGAAAUGCCUGCAAAUAAAGUACUACUUUCUGAAUACUUUGUCAACAAAUAGAUAAAACAUACAGAAAGAAAUCAGUGUUUUCCUAUCUUUAUUUUAAUAGCAUCACCAAGUGAGCACCUGGUGAAGCCUGUUUUUCUUUUCAUCAUGGAAUAGCAAAUUGAUUUUAUAUAUACCAAUUUUCAGUUGCCCAGAGCACUUCAGCUAUUGGGCAGUAUAGAAAUGUAACAAAUACAUUAAGCACCAUUGGAUUAUUAUAUUCAGAAAAUUGUUUAUCUUCCUUUCAAGUACAUUGUUUUGUUACAGACAUUUCAAGGAUUUUGGUUCCAAAAGGAUUUCCUAAGCUUACAUGCCAUAGUGACAAUGCUGGUUGAAAUUCCAGGGAUUUGUUCUUGAAUUUGUUUCUUAAAACCAGCUGAACACUUUAACACUCGGCUUUUGAGCUGUAUUGAAGUGUCAUAAUCCAAUACAGAGUUGGGUCUGAUCAUUCCAAUCAGUGGGCUGUUUGCCCAGAUUGUGGCUGUUUUGUCUAGGAUUCUAUAGAAACAAAUACAUAUGCUCUACAGUUAUCUUCAUUAAAUAGAUGUUAUGGUAAAAA